AUGAUUGAACUGAACAAAGUGUUUGAGUACGGUCCCAGUACUGUUACCCUGUCCCCACCGGACACUACCUACACCAGAACUGAGGGGGACACGUUACCGAACCUCACAUGUACAGCUGACUGUAGACCUGGCUGUACCUUUGUAUGGACAAAACCUGAAGACACCAACUUAACUGCCUCAGCUGUGUUGUCAUUGGGACAACUGGACAGGUCAGAACAUGGGACAUACAAAUGUACUGCUGUUGGUCCCGAUACUGUUACCCGGUCCCCACCAGACACUACCUACACCACUACUGAGGGGGAUGCGUUACCGGACAUCACCUGUACAGCUGACUGUAGACCUGGCUGUACCUUUGUCUGGACAAGACCUGACAACACCAACUUCCCUGCCUCAGCUGUGUUGUCACUAGGACAACUGGACAGAUCAGAACGCGGGACGUACAGGUGUACGGCUAGGAAUGUUGUCAGAGAGUUGACCACAGCUACAAGUGUAAUCAUAUUAUAUGGUCCUUCAGCUGUAAGUUUGACCCCGUCGACUACAUCCUACACUCCUAUAGAGGGACAUACUCUCCCUACCGUCACGUGUUCGUCUGACUGUAACCCAGUCUGUACCUACAGCUGGACAAAGGAUGGACAGUCCCACACAACACGGUCAGAUCUCCAGCUCACCAACAUACAGCGUGGUCAGACGGGGGUGUACAGGUGUACGGCCAGUAACACAUACGGGAUUCAGACAUCUAGUGACGUCAGUGUUUCUGUAAACUACGGUCCUGGGACGUCUACUUCAAUUUCCCCACCGGGCACAAACUACACCAGGACUGAGGGGGACACGUUAUCGGACAUCACUUGUACAGCUGACUGUAGACCUGGCUGUACAUUUGUCUGGACUAAACCUGACAACACCAACUUUACUGCCUCAGCUGUGUUGUCACUGGGACAACUGGACAGAUCAGAACAUGGGAUGUACCGGUGUACUGCUGGAAAUGUUGCCGGGGAGUCAACUACAACUACAAGUGUUAUCGUUACAGUACAGUGUAAGUAG